AAAUUUAUCAACAAGCAAACAAGGAUGAGUUUAGAUUCCCAAACCAACCCUUUUACCCCUCCAAUAACUUCAAAUUCGUUAAAUACACAUGGGACAUCUACAGGCGGUGUUUUCCCUAAGAGAUCGGCAGGAGUUCCAAUGAUAUCAGCACAAUCGGUUGAUGAAACACAUUUUUAUAUUAUUGAGGUCUUCCUCUUCACGUUCAACCCAGAGGUUGAAGGCCACAGGCUGUCAAUAGAGUUCCACAAACGCUCAACAGCCGAAGAACUUAUAGAGAAAAUUCUUGAUACCCGCGCUGAGAUUGACAACAAUUUUGCAAAUUGUUCCAAAGAUGAUUUUGAGCUCUUCGACACAAUGGGGACAUUGGAUGGGCGGACUUAUAGGGAGAGGAAGAUGGACCCAACAGAAUACCCAGUCAUUGUAAAAACACUGUGGCCUAGAGGCCCUUUAAAUGCGCAAGACAACGACCCAUCAAUCCCCAGAAAUCGGUUCGUUCUCAAAAGCAAGAAGAGGCUCUCCUCGGACCAGUCAAGCUUACUAUUAGCGACAGCUUCAACAAUCGACACAUUCCUAACCAAAUUUUUAUCUCAACCCAAGGACCGAGAGUAUGCAGACCUUUGUGUUUUGCCCGAAUUAACAGAGCAAACAUUGCUGGAUAAUCUCAGAGAUCGCUUUAAAAAUGGCAAAAUCUACACUUAUAUCGGCCCUAUUUUAGUUGCAGUCAACCCCUUCAAUUUUUUACCAAUUUAUAAUCCAAAAUAUUCUCGCCUUUAUUGCCAGAAUCGACGCCUGGGAGCAUUACCUCCACAUGGUAUUUUAUUCAAAUAUUCUGAUUUGUAAAUUGGUUUUAUUCUGAAUAAAUUCUGAUUUUAUUUUAAUAGUCAAAGUUAAUAUUCUGAUUAAUGUGUGUGUAAUUCUGAUUUGUAUUUUACUGGUUUUCUGGUCUUUUCUGGUUUUUUUUCUGAUUUUUUUUCUGAUUUUUGUUUCUGAUUUUUUUCUGAUAGUCUUCAUGUUUUAUUCUGAAUUUUAUUCUGAUUUUUUUUUUCUGAUUUUCUUCUGAUAUUUUUCUGGUUUUCUCCUGAUUUUCUUCUUGUUUUGUUCUGAGUUUUGUUCUGAUUUUUUCUGAUUUUUUUUCUGAUAUUUUUCUGGUUUUCUUCUGAUUUUUUCUUAAUUUUAUACUGAUUUAUCCGAUUUUUUCUGAUUUUCUGGAAAUUCUGAUUUCAAUUACAACCUUAACUAACCCUCAUAUAUACUAUCUACAAUCUUAAGUUUGUAAACAAUAAUAUCAGACAUAGUAAAUUAAGUAUCAUAUUUCUGACUUGUCUAAUUAUUCGUGUUAAUUCACUUAUUUUCUUGUUUACUAUUGUUUGGUUAAACAAAAAGUUGCUG